CCAAUACUCUAUUCCGUUUUCGUGUACUGACAACUACAGGCUCGGUUGUGUCGAUGCAUAGAUAUAAUCAUAUUAUAAAACAGCUGCGUAACGACAUAUACUGAGCCGACACUUGCCAGUACACGGGAACGGAAUAGAGUCUCUGGUAUUACCAAUAAUUACGAAAUAGCUUCACACUGAGUAAACGAAUCCUCUGUUCAGAUUUGGAAACCAGAAACAAGUUUUCCUUGACAAAAAGCACGAUAUUUCGUGAAAAACGUGAAAAUUGUACACGGUACAGAAUAUAAUCGAGACUUUACAGUUGACUAUGGAGGAACAACAAUUGAAGUCUGUUAAAGUCGGAUUUAUUGGAGGCGGAAAUAUGGCCAGUGCUAUAGGCGCUGGUUUAAUUAACAAAGGUAUAUUAAAUCCAGACAAAUGCUGGGUUUCUACUCAUACAGACAGGAUGCACAGUUUUUGGCAACAACUGGGUGCUCAUCCGACUUUGAACAAUUGCGAAGUUCUGGACAAUUGUGAUGUUGUGUUUCUGGCAAUAAAACCGCAUAUGUUGGAUGAUGUCAUUGUUAAUAUUACUGUGAGACAAUCAGAUCAUGGAUCAAAAAUAAAGUAUAAGGGAAAACUUUUUAUCUCAGUGCUUGCUGGAGUGACUCUCGACGUCUUACAGAAUAAACUCGAACUGAUUGCGGAUUUCCCAAGGAUAGUUAGAUCUGUGCCGAAUACACCUUUGAUGGUUGGGGAGGGAAUUACAGUUUAUUGCAGUCAAAACACCACUCCACAGGAUUUAAAGAUGAUAGAUACAUUGUUCUCCCACAUUGGUAUCUGUGAAAAUGUUCCAGAAUCUCUUAUGAAUGCUAUCGGUGGUCUGUCAGGCUGUGCUCCUGCUUUUGCUUACCUCAUCAUAGAAGCAUUAUCAGAUGGUGCUGUCAGGAUGGGUGUACCGAGAUUAAUGGCGACUAAAUUCGCAGCGCAAGUACUGGUAGGUGCUGGAAAAAUGGUUCUUGAAACUGGACGACAUCCUGGUCAGUUGAAGGAUGAGGUCUGCUCGCCUGGAGGUACUACUAUCGCUGGCGUUCACGCAAUGGAAGUCGGCGGAGUCAGGGGAUCUAUGAUUAAUGCAGUUCAGGCUGCUGUAAAGAGAACUAGUGAAUUGCGAUAAAACCAUGCUGAGCUAGGUCCUGUCAAUAGAUAAUAUUUAGGGCCAUUUGUAGUUAUAUUUGAAGUAAAUGUUUUCAACACAAUGUUAUCACUUAAUUUUACAGAUAUAUUUCUAGUUUUGUUCACAUAAUUAAUGUAAUUAUAUUUACAUUAUAACACGAAAACGCACAGAAAUAACGGAAAUCUCUUCUUGCAAGAGAGAAUUCUAUAUUUAAAACGUAUAUUUUAAAAUAUUUUUUAUAUAUAACUUAUAACUAUACAAAUUUCAUUUUUAUAAAUCAGUUUAUUACAAAAAGUAUAUUAGAUAUGUAUGAUAAAUCA